AAAAGGAUAAACUCUGGAAUAACUGUCUUCUACCGAGAACAGCUGUUGAAACCGUGCCGCUAGCUAAGAAAAUGCUUUCUUCCAAUAGAAGUCUUCUCGCAUCUCGUUCCAUGCUGGAUAUGAUACGCCUAUGUCACUUUUUGUUGUUUAUGAUGACGCAUACAGGACAAUGUGCUUGGGCAACGAGAUCAUGGUCCGGCGUUCAGUUAGUUCCCAUAGUGAUGAUGGCGUUUGACGCAAUGGAUUUCGAUUUGCGUACUGUUUCCCAGAAUGAAACAAGAGAUGUCGUCCCUUCGUCGUGUCGUAUUUGUCGCUGUUCUAGCCGCCCUAGCCUUCCACCAUCCCGCCUCGGGAUUCAGGCUUAAGAAACUCGCCAGAGCUACCCUGCUGGGUGCAGCCGUAGCUCCUCGAUUCGUACCCAUCCCCAUUCCGCACCACGUGCAUGCCCACCAUGGUCAUCACGGACAUCACCACGUGAAGGAGCACCACAUACACGUUCCGCUUCACCAUCACAAUGAACACCAUUACCAAGUUGUCCACCAUGACCAUGGACAUCACGAAGAACACCAUGGUCACGGAUGGGACCACCGGCACGGAGGGUGGUAAACAGCCCUAAAGCUGCUGUGCAAAAUAGGAUCCUUCAAACACCCUUAGCAGUAACAACAUCGGAGGUAUUUAUGGCCAUUGCCAGCAACUUGAAACUGCAUUGUGGUGAACAGACCUCCAAAAAGAUCAGACACAUAUAAAUUUACUUAGAGUCCUUCAGGAUUCACCUACGACGCUAUUAGGCCAAAACGCCAAUUUGCACUUGACAUAGUCACUCUCGUCGAAGGGACUCGUCAAAUACGCCAAAGUUUAAAGCACAAUUACCUAUUUUCUACCCAUGUUUUGCUAAUUAAAAAAAGUCCUGGUGAUGUCGCGAGGUCGACCUUUAGCUGUAUAUGGGAGACCUUGCUAUUCAUCGAGAGGUCGAUCCUAUUGUCUGAUUUACGAUUAGACGAGAUAAAUUAAAGCUGCUAGCUUACUGACCGAAAAUGCUCAAAAGGUGGUUAUAUAUGGUUUAAAGCAGUGCUGCAUGAUCGUCCCUAUAUUGUAAUUGAUGUUAGUUGAUUGUAAAGGUUGAAAUAGCAGCCUUCACGACGUUACUUGUCAUGCCAGAUUCUGCCAUGCAAGCAAAUCCCGAACGGCCUGUCCUCGUUCGUUAUGUUCCUUUCACAUGCCGGAUGUUGCAUCCUUCUUGUGUAUUUCUGUCUAAAUGUACAAUGAGUCUAUUGUCUCUCUCCUGACAAAUUGGCCAGGGUCCGCCACUAGUGUCCUAUUUAUGUCUUAAUCCCCACCUUUCUUAUUGCUCUUCCCGCCUGCUAGUGGCGUUUCGUAGAUUGGCGUAACGUCGUUUGUACGCCUAGCUAUGCGUGCGCGUGCCUGCGUGUAUGUUUGCGUAAGCUUAUGUAGUUCCAGUUUGGUAACUAUUUGCGCUUAUUUUAAUGAGCAUGUCGGUGAUAAUAAUUCGUGUAUACAAUGUAUCCAUAGUAUAAACAGUAAAUAUAUUGUUGUAAUAAUGCGUUAGUUCGUUUGUCCUUCUACCUGGACGCAAGGCAGAACACAUCUUAACUUCAAUGUUGUUGAAUAUUGUACGUACUGUUACAUGUAAAAAAUCUCUUGUGAAUAUAUGAAAAUGUUAUAUACGUA